UGUUGUCGCGGUCUUUCCCACUGGUGGCUCUCGUAAGUGCGGAUUCUCUAUUCGGUAGUGGCCUCAGUGUUUCCACUUAGACUCGCCGAGAAAAAAAAAGUGGUUUUCUCCAACUCAAACGCAGCCAAACAUCCAGUAGUCGUUAUCGGCUUUUACCAAAAAAAUUCUGUGGCAGACUGACCGCCGGCAUACUCCAUCGACUCACUCACUCAGUGGCUCGCUCAUCAUUGCAGCCAACAUGACUGCCGUCACUGCAAACGGUCCAGUCAGUGCAAUGGCGGGCACCAGCAGUCUGCUCACGAGCCUCACCGACUCGACCCAAGCAUUUCUACAACCCUCCUCUGCUCUACACCUCGAGGCACUAGCCUGUGUCAAGAGUCUACUCGACCCUCUGGCCGCCAACGUUGCAGAUACACAGAAGGCGAGGCGAGAUGAAAAUAGAAAGAAGAGGAAACGUGGAGAUAUUGAACGAGAAGAGGGGGUCUUGCAUCUGCGACAGGUUUACACCGGUGGUUUGGGGGUGAAGCAAGUAUGGGAGCAAGCCAGGCGUGUGCUGGAUGCUGCAUGUUCAGAAGUUGAGAGAGAAAUUUCUAUCCAGAGGGAACAGUUGCAGUAUGACUCGCGACAGGAUGGCAUUGACGGUGAAGUAAUUGAAGAUGAGGAGAUGUCGGAAGUGCUGGAUGAAGAAAGCGACAUGCUUGAGGACGAAUUGGCAGACGAUAAUAGUGAUGUGGAUAUGCUCGAGGACGGUAUAUAUCAUGACGACUACGACGAUCAAGAAGACAUCGAGGACCCGGAGGACAUCGAAGACCUUGAAGAGGAUAAGGAUUUUGCCACACAUGUGGACAAAGACAAUGCUGCCACGUAUGUCCCAGACCCAAAUGGACUGAACGAUGGCUUUUUCUCGAUUGAUGAUUUCAACAAACAAACACAAUUUCUGGAGCAACAAGAUGUUCGAGGAGAAGAUGACAACCCCAGUGAUGAAGACGAGAUAGACUGGGACGUCGACCCCUUGACCAUGCCAUUCCAUAAGCCAAAAAGCGGCCAGGAAGAAAUUGCAGAGACGCAAGACGACAACGACGAUGAGGAAGAAGAAGGUCCUACAUUUGGCAACGCCGACCUCAACGCUGCCGACAGUGAUGGUGAUGAAGGCAUUUCCCAAGACGAAAAUCUCGACUUGGAGAACGGCAUGCCUACAAUAUCCAAUACCAACGACAUCCGCUAUGCCGACUUCUUCGCGCCUCCUCCAAAGAAACAAUCAAGAACCAAACGGAUGCGAGCCUUACCGAAAACCCAACCUGCCACAGCGCCUCGAACCCAGGACGCUUUUGAACUGGAGUCUGACAUGCAACGCGCCAUGGCAGACGUACGCCGGGACCUACUCGAAUCCGAUGAAGAACUCUCCGACACCGACGGCUCGGAUAGCGACGACCUCAGACCGUCGAACAAGAAGAAUAUGUCUACGCAUGAACGGCAGCGGGCGGCCAUUGCAUCCGAGAUCCGACGGCUAGAGGCCGCCAACGUCGCGAAACGAGAUUGGACUCUAUCCGGCGAGGCCCGCGCGGCCGACCGGCCCCUGAACUCGCUGAUCGAAGAGGACCUUGAAUUCGAACGCACCGGCAAACCCGUCCCCGUGAUCACGGCCGAAGUGUCGGAGGAGAUCGAGGCGCUCAUCAAACGGCGCAUCCUGGCUCGUGAGUUCGACGAGGUGGUCCGCCGCCACCCCGACGCGCUCGGCGGCGCCAACGACACCCGUCGCGGCCGCGUCGAAAUCGACGACACCAAACCCCAGUCCGGCCUCGCGGACAUUUACGAGCAGGACCACCUCCGCGCCACGGACCCGGGGUACGUCGACAAGCGCUCCGCCUCGACCAAGCGCGCCCACGAGGAGAUCUCGCGACUGUGGAAGGAGGUGUCGUCGCAGCUCGACCUGCUCAGCAACCUCCACUUCAAACCCAAGCGGGUCGAGGCCGAGAUCACGACGGUCGAGGACAAGCCGACCAUCAGCAUGGAGGACGCCAGGCCCGUCGGCGUCGGCGUCAACGCCGAGGAGAGCAUGCUCGCCCCCCAGGAGGUGUACCGGCCCGGACGGGACAAGGGCGCUGCGGCCGCUGGCGGUGAGGAGGGCGUUCUCGUCACGCGCAAGGGCGGCGCCAGCGUCAACAAGGACGAAAUGACAAGGGAAGAAAAAGUCCGGAGACGGAGGAGGGAAAAGGAACGCAUGAAGAAGGCAGCAUCGUCGCAACCAUCCAAGGAUCUCGCGGCCGACGGCGGCGGCGCAUCACAGGGCGCCGGUGGCAGGAAGUCCAAGGCCCAAGACCAGGCCGAGCUACUCUCGGACCUGCGCAAGGGCAACGUCAAGGUCGUCGACAAAAAGGGUCAACUCCAGGACAUUGUCGGCAAAAAGGGCAAACGGGCAUCUCGAGACGUUGCUGGUGGUCGCGCCGCAGGUACCGCAAGCGCUGGCUCGUUCAAGUUGUAAGAUGCUGCAUGACGAGAAGCGAGACAAAGUACGUACGGAGUACUGUACUGCCUUUACUUUGAGAAGAAAGGUCGGUACUUGGAUAGCCAUUCUUCCACGGUUAGGACAAAACUGUGAGAUUAGAAUAGAAUAACAACGCUUGUUAUACCCAUCUCCCU